CUCAGGAUGAAGAUGAUCUCCCUGCUGCUCCUCAUCCUCAGCUCAUGUCUCUGUGCAGCAACAUUUGUAGUGAAUGUGACCCAGAGCAGCUAUGAGGCAGAGGAGAACCACAGCAUCACUCUGGAGUGGACCUUCACCACCAGACCCGACUCCUCUCUGUCCUCCAUGUUUAUCCUCUGUGGAUUUCUAGCUCCACCUAGAGGACUGGUUGUCUAUCAUCUCCAUGAAGGUGUUGAGAUUCCAGAGUCUCAGGAUGAUCAGUUUUCAGGACGAGUCCAGAGUGACAAAGACGUCCUCAGAGAAGGACGAAUCAGACUCCAUGUGUCCAGACUGAGGACUGAAGACUCUGGUCUGUAUCUGUGUGACGUGAAAACUGAAGAUGGAUUCAACUCUGGAAGAUGUCGACUCAACGUUACUGCAGCUGCUGAUCAGAUCCAAACUCAGAGACCAACUUUGACUCCAGAACCAGAGAAACUAGAAUGGAUCUUCAUAUUCAUCAUUCUGGCACCGACAACAUUAGCAGCUCUGAUGGUUCUUCUCUGUUGUCCUCCAGAAAAAUGUUGUCUGUCAAGAGAAAAAGACUUUGAUUUUACUCAUAAUGAAAGGACAACAGAAAGAGAACGGACGUUAUUUUUUUAAGAUGGACUGUGAGGUUCAGCCUCUGCUGGUCUGAGAGCGUCUGCAGCAUCAGGACCAGCAGAGAAACUCCUGAUCUGAAGGCUUCAGGAUGCUGAGCUGAUCAGAGAUCAGCAGCUGAGCUUCAGGAUGUUUCAGGAGGCUGAGAGCAGCAGCUGCUGCUUCCUGACCACAGGAUCCAGAAACCAAUGAGGAGACGAUGGAGUCAUGAUGAGACAUUAAAGAGGAAACAAGCAAACAGAGAGAGAUUCAUUCAGGGAGAACAAGAUGGAGACACAGCUGGUGGAAAAACAAGCAGGUUUUAAUAAAAGUUCAGUUUCUGUUUAUUGAUCAAAACAACAGAAAAAUCAUGUGAUCAAAA